GCGGCAUCUCUGGUGAUCCUUUGGUCUUUCUUUCACUUCUCAGAUACCAUACCACGCCUUGACGGCUGCGCACGCGAAUGGUCAAGAGACGUCGCGUGCUGCCAUGGACGGCCUUCCUGGCCAGCUUGGCUGCCCUAGCCGUUGCAUCAUCCUCAUCGACGGCAACGACGCAUGACAUCUUGACCACAGCAAGAAAGCAUCACAGCACGUCGUCCUCCUCCACGUCCCCCUCAUCGUCUAAGCACCACUCUACGACAUCGCACUCACAAGGCACACCGACACCGACGUCGACUCACCAUCCUUCACCACCACAAGACAAUUGCGACCCUCUACCGCUCAACCUGUCCCCUCGUGAUCUCUGCACUCAUGUUCAGUCCAACUGCCCCUCAAACGGACGAAUUGACUACCUCGAGCUCUACUACUGCUCUCCCCUCGGUCCAGAUCCCAGUGGCGGAGCGAACCUCACAACAGGUAUCACUGCCAGGCGGAUUGGGGCCAUUCUGCUAAUCGUUUCCUGGAUGGCCUUCCUCUUCUCCUGCCUUGGUCUCGUGGCCUCCGACUUCUUCUGCCCGAACCUUAGCACUCUGGCCUCGCGCCUUGGACUCAACGAAAGCACCGCUGGUGUGACCUUUCUCGCGCUAGGAAAUGGGUCGCCAGAUGUCUUUUCCACCUUCUCCGCAAUGUCCACCGGGUCCGGAGCAUUGGCCAUUGGAGAGCUGAUAGGCGCCGCAUCCUUCAUUGUGUCCGUUGUUGCAGGGAGUAUGAUGCUCAUUAAGCCUUUCAAAGUUCGACGUUGGCCCUUUCUCAGGGAUGUUGGCUUCUUUACCGUCGCAGUCGCUUUGACUAUGGUGUGCCUCGUUGAUGGACACCUCACUCUACCAGAGAGCUUGGCGUUGGUGGGACUUUACUUGGCCUACGCGAGCGUAGUCAUCAUCGGUUCGAUGUGGGAGGAGAGGCAGCGACGUCGCAAAGUCUUUUGGCAGCAGACCAGGAGCGAUUGGGCUGGCUCGGCGGGCUCAGGCUACCAAGAUGAUGCGCCAGUAGGCGAUCGACUACAGGUAGAAGAGGUCGCGCAGCCCAUGGAUGUUGGGAGACAUCUGGGGCUACCUCCGCGUAGUCCUGAGUACCAUGUUGACGACGAAGCAGAAGAGGGCGACCCAAAUGCCGAUCCUUUCGAGGUUUGGGCCAGUCAGCAGGCAGCUACUGGAGCCACGACUUCCCCUCGCUCAGUACCUGGGGCAAGGCGGCCACAGACCUCAUCGCGCGAGUCAUCACGGCGAGGCUCACCCACCGGCUCGCCGCAACUGCAGACACCUCGAGGCGGCGGUGGUCUUCCCCCUUCUCAUCGGCUGGUCAGAAGCGCGUCAAAGCUGCGCAACAGAUCAGGGCACAUGCCCCGCCACUCUCUACUGGGGGCAGUCGAGUUCCGAGAUGUAGUCCGCUCGCUCACAUUGCAGGGUCAGCUGGCGCCAGCGGAUGAUGUAGCCGCAGAAGCACAGGCGCGAGCUGUAGCCGAAAGCAGAGACCCGGAGGUAUUCUUGCCACAUCCGUCUUCGCACCACCAUCAGCGCCACCAGCGUAGGCACUCGGUCACAGACAGCGAAGGUCGCGCUGCGGCGAGGGGCGAGCCUUCAAGACAGAUGCCAGCGGCAUCGAGCUCCGCGUCUGUUCAACGUCCGGCAGCCUCUUCGCGCGGAUAUAGCGCUCCAUCGCGCCACCAGCCUAGCAUCAGCCUGGACGCUUCGGGCAUUGACGACCCGUGGAAGGAGCAUUCAGCACAUGAUGGCUGUGAAGAUGCGUCUGGCGGUACAGCGGGCCCCUCAGCUACCGCUGUGACAUCCCAGCCUGGUCUGGCUCGCCUUGUCAUCCCCGACAAGAGCAAGAACGACGUCUUUAGCAACGGCAAUGGCAGGAGUCACGGCUCUGGAGCGGGAGGCGGAACCAAGCAAACAAAGCACUCCCCCGCUCCCUCAAUCCUUAUCCUAGACGAGAAUGGACAGGAGCGCGUGGCGCUCACGAUGGGUGGAGAAAGUGAGGACGCUGUGCCUCCUCCAUCACUCUCGCCGUCCGCAUACCCUAGAGAUGAGGAAGAGGAGGAGCCUCUCUACCGGUCACUGCGCCGCUUCCUCUUCCCUUCACUACAUCACUGGCGCAAUAAAUCCAUCCUGGGCAAGGUGCUCAGUGUGGUCAACCUUCCGCCCCUUUUGGCCUUCAAUCUCACGCUGCCCGUCGUAGACGAUGAGGCGGAAGCGCGAGCCGCCGCACGCGUAGUCACAAUAGGUAGCGCUAGCGGAAGUGGCGUUGGACUGGGCGGGGAAGGCGAAGGCGCCCUCAGACUCAAGGGAAGCGACGAGGCGCCCCUCUUUGCUCGCUCUCCCGUCGCCGUAGAAGAGGAUGCCCACGAAGUCGCCGAGGACGAGGUGCUCGACCUCGCAACUGGGCAGCGGUUGCGCUCACCGAAUGUCUGGAGCGAGAGCAAUGCUGCAGGGGACGGCGGUCAACUGGAAAACAAGAUGCGUGAUCUCGAUAUCUCCAAGGCACUGCGGCGCCAUCCGGCAGAAGAGACUUCCCCGCUUCCAUUCGGUGACCGACGAGGUUCGAUGAGCAGCGUCGAUGGGGACGAUGACGGGGCCUCCUGCUCAUCAGAUGACUCCAACUCCAGUCUAGAGUCCCACUCCGUACCUCAAGGCAACGCUAAGCUGUUUCUCACCUGCUCGCAAUGCCUGCUCGCCCCACCGUUCUGCGUUUGGGCAGCGACAGAUUUUGAGCCAAGGUGGUCGGCCUUGGGGUCGGUUGCUGCGGGUACAGGCCUCGCAGCAGCGGUGGUCGGGUGCUCGAUGCGCGCGAGAAGAAUGGGAGGGGCAUGGUUGAGCACCAGCACAAGAAGUGCUUUUGGGCUGGCAAGAUGUUUUCUCGGCUUCCUCGUCAGUAUUGCCUGGAUCUCGACCGUGGUAGACGAAGUCGUCUCGAUUCUGCAAGCCCUAGGACUUAUCUGCGGACUCUCGGAAGCGAUCUUGGGGGUCACACUCUUUGCGAUGGGCAACAGUCUCGCAGACUUGGUAGCCAAUACGGUCAUCUCCCGGGCUGGAUACCCAAGCAUGGCGAUUGCGGCUUGCUUUGCUGGGCCUCUCCUGAACCUGCUUCUAGGAAUAGGGCUGAGCGGCACAUGGUUGCUGGGUCAACCUGCUGACGACGGGAGCCAUGGUGCGCAGCGUUACCAUUUCGAGAUCUCCCCCACUCUGCUUAGCUCUGCUACUGGACUGCUGGUGCUUCUGGUCGGUACGCUGGUGCUUGUGCCGUUGCACGGUUUCUACUUGGGUAGGAGGCUGGGCUGGAUGCUUAUCGGCAGCUAUGCGCUCAUCAUGACGAUCAAUGUGCUGGUAGAGGUAUUCGUUGAUCAGAGAGGGGGCAAGAAGAAGGGGCACUAUGGUGUAGGGUGAUCAGGUGAGCAUUACGAAAAUACGAGCGUCCUCACAGUCGAACGAUCACGCUUCACGCAGACAGAUGGAAGGAUAUUUCGUGGGGUCUGACUGUGUGCGUAAGGUCGCAUCUACCAUGGGAAAAUGAUGCAUGUAACGUGUAAGGGACUCCGUCUCUACCAAGAAGUGGUGUAUGCUUGACAGUUGUACCUCUGCGACGACCCUGAUCUAGCGU